ACAUAAACAAAACUUAUUCUUAUUUCACGCGAAGCAAUAGCAUGUUGCCCUGCAAAGUUGGUGUUGUCUUUACCAUUGCUGUAAUAGCUUUUUUUUUGGCCAUUGUAGGUGGAACACCUUUGUCUCCUAGCCUUGAUGAUUCGAAGUCCAGCGAAGACUGCCCACCCUACUUCCAAGGCAAUACCAGUGUGCCUUGCUGGUUCCUGGGAAACAAAUGUUAUUGCUUUUCAAGCUUCAGAUUGCCCACCUGGAUGCGCUCCGAUGAAUUCUGCAGAGGGGGCAAUAUGACUUUGCUCAGUCUUGAAACUGAAGAAGAAGACAAGAUGAUUAACAGUCACGUUCAAUCCAACCCAGAAUUGAAUUUCUCCGAGUUUUGGACCUCGGGUAGAUACUCACAAGAAGGAAACAAUCGCUGGGAGUGGGCUUCUGUACAACCAUUUCAGCCAUUUAACUACACCAAUUGGCAUCCGGUAUACAAUCAGCCUGACGAUAACGAACCUGGAAGCUGCGCUCUGCUCUAUUUUCUCGAUUACAGCGGAUACUGGGCCGACAAUGUUUGCAUCUACUCAACAAGAUUAAUUUGCGAGUCGGUCGAAUGAACACCGUGCAACUGGAUUAGUGAAUUUAUAAUAGAUUUAGUAAAGCGUUAUGUUACUUAGCUAAACUUGCGUGAAAUUAUAGUUAGAUGAUUACCAAAUACAGCAUAAUCCAUCACUGA